AUGGAUGGAAUCAGCUCCAACCAGUCCACUGGCAACGACAUCCUGAAGGAGUUUCUUCAGGACAAGUCUGCCAACGAGAUCUUGGGCCACUUCUUCGGGGCGCCUAUGGUCAAUGACCCGUCCGGCCGUCUCAAUGAUGCUGCCAUCAUUUCCAUUGACACGGAGUGGUGGCAGAAGGACCCCAAUCCAGUGACCGAGCUGGGCAUCUCGGAGCUCCAGAGCAAGUUUGUCUUUCCCAGCGUCCAUGCCACCAACAUCCUCACUGGAGUGCAAACGGCGCACGCCCGUCUCAAGCCCCAUGCCCACCUCAUCAACAAGUUCCCCGGCGCAGGCGACCCAGAGAAGUUCGAGCUUGGCACCACCAAGUUCGUGACGGAGGAAGAGGCAAAACAGGUCCUAAUCGACGCCUUUGUGCGCCCGCAUUUGGAGGAUCCCACCUACCUCCAGCCGAUCAUCCUCGUCGGCCACGCCGUGGAGAACGAGUUUGAGCACAUCCUCGAGGCAUUCGGCGUUGACCUUCUCAGCUAUGGCACCAUCGUCAAGGUCAUCGACACCCAGGCCAUGGCCAAGGAUGCAGGCAUCCUGGGCCCCAAGGGCCCCCUCAUCAGCCUCGGAGAUCUUAUCUCCCACUUCAACCUAACUGUCCCCAACCUCCACAGCGCAGGCAACGAUGCUGCUGCCACCCUCAUGGCCGCUGUCCUCGUCUCCCUCAAGGAGGUACUCUAUCCUGGCGUCGGCGCCAACAAACCCCCUGCCAUCGUCGAAGAUAUCAACAUCCCGUGGGUCGUCAGCGCCCUCCUGACCGACUACAAGUCCCCGGCACCCAUCUAG